GCGGCGGCUGAUUUGCAAUGACCUCCGGGGAAGCGUGGCUACGGGACCGGAAGAACCUCCGGUUGCCAGGGGAACGCCACGCGCCCAAGCGCCUGCCCAGUUACUGAUGAGCCCACGGAGGCCGAGGCUCAGGCUCCCGUUUCAUGUCACCCAACUUGUAGACGCGGCUUUGCUCAGGACCAGGAUCCUUUCUAUCGAGACACAGACAGGAAGGCUGAGGGACUCACACACCAGCGCUCCAUCCCACAGACGGAUACGAGUGAGCGCAUCCAUUCCUGUUCCGUACCAGCUCCCGGGCCCACAGAACUCACCUCCAAGACUAGUCAGUCGUUUCUAAUGCGUGAGAGGUGGAAAAGGAGACGUGAAAAGGAACUCUCGUUUAUAAAUAUUUGAAUCACAUUAUGGGAUUACUAGACAGACUUUCAGCCUUGCUUGGCCUGAAGAAGAAGGAGGUUAAUGUUUUGUGCCUUGGGCUGGAUAAUAGUGGCAAAACAACAAUCAUUAACAAACUUAAACCUUCAAAUGCUCAAUCUCAAGAUAUAGUUCCAACGAUAGGAUUCAGCAUAGAGAAAUUCAAAUCGUCCAGUUUGUCUUUUACAGUGUUUGACAUGUCGGGUCAAGGAAGAUACAGAAAUCUCUGGGAACACUAUUAUAAAGAUGGACAAGCCAUUAUUUUUGUCAUUGACAGUAGUGAUAGAUUAAGAAUGGUUGUGGCCAAAGAAGAACUUGAUACUCUUCUUAGUCAUCCAGAUAUUAAGCACCGUCGAAUACCGAUCUUAUUCUUUGCAAACAAAAUGGACCUUAGAGAUGCAGUGACAUCUAUUAAAGUGUCUCAGUUGCUGUGUUUAGAGAACAUCAAAGAUAAGCCAUGGCAUAUUUGUGCUAGUGAUGCCAUAAAAGGAGAAGGAUUGCAAGAAGGCGUAGACUGGCUUCAAGAUCAAAUCCAGGCUGUAAAGACGUGAAGAAAUAGUGUUUGGAAACCUCAACAGUUGUCAACUCAUGGAAUAUAUCUUAAGGCAAAGUGAAUACUGUAAAUUUUUUUAAAGAUAUUUGUGCAUCUAAGAAUACUUUAUAAUAUUCUGCUUGCAUUUAUGGACUCUAAAUGAGCUUUAUAAGAACAUAGGACUUCAGGUAUGCUAAUCUGGCCAUUAAUUAGAUGAAAACUGAAAAAAAAAUUAUAUGAAAACUAAAUCCUUAGAAGGGCUCCCCCGAAUUAACUUCUUGGUAAAGGUCUACAUUUGAUUGUAAUGAGAAUGUCUAAAGUCAGAUUUAAAAUCCAUCUCAAUAUCUCAUCAUGAAUUAUAUCUUUAAUGUAUUUUAUUUUCUAAAUUGUCUUAUAAAAACUUAGUUUAUGGUAUGACUUUGUAGUAUGAUUGUGCUUGUGUAAAAGAACUUACAAUGGACCAUGAAUAAUUAAUGUAUAGUAGAUUUUUACUAUAUGUCACCAUCAAUAAAACAUAAAAUGUAAUAUACCAACUAGUGUGCUUUAUGCUGAAAAGAUGAAUGCUAUGUUAAUAUCUUAUUUGGUGUUUUGCUGUCAAGCAUUUGUAAAUUAUCUGAGACCAAGUUACACUGAAUUUAUUUAUCCAGUGAGUAUGUAUUGAACAUCUCUAUAUAAUAAUCUGCCAUUAUCCUACAUAAUGAUGAUAGAAGUAAAUAAGACAUAUUCCUUAUCCUCAGAGAACUUAAAAUUUAAUGAGGGAGAAUUUGAGGACCUUUUCAUGUAUUAUGUUUAAUUUUAUUUCAUUGGCUGUACGAAAAUAUUGCCUAAGAUUAAGCGGUAUAAAAAUGAAUUAAUGUGUGAUUCUUCAAUAAUUAUAACUAAUUUCUUCCUUUAAAAUGCUUUCUUUUAGAUAGUAAUUUGCUAAAAUAGAUUGUGACUCACCAAACUAUGUUUUUUCUGAACAUAAACUGCUAAUAAAUGUUCUUUAGAAUUUUA